AUUUGCCAUAUUCUCAUGGUGGAAAGAUAAAGACCAUCGCAUAAUUUUCUUUAAAGGCUCACUAGCUAAUUUUUAAAAUUAAAAAUCAAUAAAGUAGAAACUAUUUGAAGCAAAUAAUGUAUUUUAUGGAAAUAAUUAUCCGGUUGAUGAUGACAGUUUAGAAUCGUGUAAGUAAUGGCGGGUAAUUUUAAAAAAAUUGAGAGUAAAUGAGAAAUAACGGUUGGCAGCACUUACUAGUGACGUAUAUGAGACAAUCGAUUGUUUUGUUUCACAACAAGAAAAAUAAAUUACACGUACGUUCAUUAAAAGAAUAAGUCGAAUUUUUUUAAAUUUUGGUGUUUCAGUUAUUAAAAUGAAGUUUCAAUAUAAAGAAGAGCACGCCUUUGAGAAGCGUAAGUCCGAGGGUGAAAAAAUCAGGAGAAAAUACCCUGAUAGAGUGCCUGUGAUCGUUGAAAAAGCCCCAAAAGCAAGAAUUGGAGAUGUUGACAAGAAGAAGUAUUUAGUUCCAUCUGAUUUGACAGUAGGACAAUUCUAUUUCCUCAUUAGAAAGAGAAUCCAUCUAAGGCCUGAAGAUGCCUUAUUUUUCUUUGUCAACAAUGUAAUUCCUCCUACUUCUGCUACUAUGGGAUCAUUAUACCAGGAGCAUCAUGAAGAAGAUUUCUUUUUGUACAUUGCCUACUCUGAUGAAAAUGUCUAUGGUGUUGUUCAGUAAAAUACCUUACCAGUACAGAAUUUAACUGAAUGCAACACACUUAUUGAUUAUUUUUUUUUCUGCAAUCUGAUUUUAAUGUAUAACUUGGAUUAAUUAGAUAUAUGAACGUUGUGUUUAUUAAAAUUUUCAAGUUUUAAAUUUGGGUUUACUGACAUUAAUAAAUAAUAUUAUGUGGUGAUUAUUCUUAUAGUUAAGUAACAGUAUGUAUGUGCACAUAUUUAAUUUUAAGGUAAAGUAAAGAGCUAUAGCUACUAGAUAUUUAUCCACCAAAUUUUUAAAAUUCGUGGGUAUUAGUGUUUAGAUAUUGUGAUUUAAGUUAUUAAUAAGUAAAAAAAGUUAAUAAAAUGUUUAUUUAAUGAUUAGAGUAUUUUGCAGUCUAUUUUCCAGUCAUUCCAAUAGUUCAUUUAUAUUUGUUCUUAUUACCCUUCAAAUCAUAUUCCCUUUUCAGUUUAUCGUUUUAACGGAUCACAAUUUA